CCUUCGUGUGCUUUAUCCCUGCACUGGUGCGAGGUUGAAAUGCAUCCAAGGCUGGAAAGCAUCUCUUCCCAUCUCACGCUCAUUUGAUUAGGUUGGAUUAUUUAUGUAAUGUAGAUUUUUAUAUAACGAUGGCUUGAAAGAAUGUCACAGAUGCACCACAGGCAGUGCAAGGCAGGCAUCCAUUAGUCACUCAAGCGCGCAUGUUUUUAAAGAUCUUGCUGCCUCGGCAAUGCUGUGGCUGACUGAAGAGGAUGCAGUUCUGCAGGAAGGUGCUCUGCAAGCCUUGUAGUGCCAGAGUCACUUCACCAGAGGAGGACAUGGAAUACAAGAUGGGUGGCUGCAUCGGAAUUUCACCUAGACAGCCAGAAGAGGGCGCUCAAGAACAUGUUGUUCUGUUUCCACCCCAAGAAAAACACACCGAACCCUUGCAGACGGAAGCCCAGAAAGAUGCCGGUGUGCUGUUGACUAAAGUGUGCACCAGCCAACAGAGUUUGCUCUCCCAGCCAGUGCUCCUAGAGGUCCCAGUCAUCACCGGUGUGGAGGAGAGCAGAGGUGUUGCAGAAGCCCCUGAGGACAAGGAGGAGCUGGAAUUUCCCCAUGACUUGCUGCCCAGUCUAGAUUUCAGCAGUGAACUUAACAUCUGGGAGUCCUCUCUAGGAUUUAAGACUAGCUCAGGAGAAAGGUCAUAUGAGCAGGCGAACCCCCUGCUGGCUGGCUUGCAGCAUCACAUGGAAGUCAGUCAUCCUCUGGUAGUCCUAGAUAGCAGGCCUCACGGCAUCGACCCACUUCUCACAGAUGCCUCGCCCUCACCUCAGCCCAUUGCCACACCUCACCCAGCUGGCCAACCCUUGACCCCUCCUCCGUGCGUGCUUCUCGAACAGGAGCUCCAGGCAGCCUUCCAGGAAUGUGAGGAACAAAUGGCUUCACUUAGCGUUUCUCAUCUCAAAGAACCCAUCAGCACCAAGCAUGAAAAGGUUGAUGAAACUGGACAAGCAACAGUUACAAACUGUGAUGAGUCAUCAUCAUUGCCUCAAUUUGCAGACCAGUCUGGAGAUGGUAACAACAAGCUCAUAAACAAAAGUACACAUGGAAACAGUGAGACUGGGCCCAGGCAGAUGGAUACAGUUGUGUUUAGUUUCAGGGACUACAUACUUGGAACAGAGAAUUCUGAGCCAGAAGAAUCCACAAAAGAAGAUGAGCAGAAUAAAACAGGUCCUGAUAUACAUUCAGAAAAGACAAAAGAGACAUUUAAGCAAAUGGCAGGAGAUGCCGUAUUGAAUGAGGCGUCUGUUGAUUGUAACACAGUCACUGGAGAAAUUAGUUCACAGGAUUGUAAUAGGAAGAAUACGGUGGAAGACAUAGAACUAAAAGAACAGAGUGUCGACUUGAAAAUUGGAAAUCAGAUUCCUACAUGCACAAUAAAUCCUACUAACGUUGACAUAAACUAUUCUGUUAAAGAAUUAGCUGAGUCUGGAAGUCCUUAUUUUGAGAGUGAAGAUGUACUUGAGGAAUUGCAUUCAGAAAAGCAAGCAGGAUCAAAUAGUCACACUGAGGACAACACACUAAUUAUUUUUGCAAGCAACAAACAGGCUGAGCCGGCGCAUGACAAAAGGAUGAAAAAGAAAGACAAAAAGAAGCACAAGAAAAAGAAAAAGGCGAAGAUGAACAAAGAGACGGAAGUGGAGGAGAGGGCGGCAAGACAAGUUGAAAAUGAAUUACAGGGUGUCCCACUUGUAAGUACAGGAAAUCAUUGUCACACCGAGCCAAUUGCAUCUUUAGUGUCAUGCACAGAGACUAUGCCGUGCGGUGCACAUCUUAAUGAUGGCUUUUAUCGCAAGGGAACGCCAAGCCCUUCCCUAUCAUCUUCUCAUAGCCAGCAGGAUCAUUUUAUUGACUUGGCAUGUUCUGCAUCCAGUCUUGUUCCUUCACACUUUAAUCAGUCUGAUAACAUAAAUGUAACGAAUGCUCAGUGUGGCAAAAAUAGCAAUACUGACAAAAUCCCACAGAGGACACAACAUACAACCACAAGUCUCAUCAGUAAGCAAAAGAUAACAGAUGUCCAGACUACAGCUGAUGUUCUCGAUAAGGAAUCAGAAACGCAAUCACAUAAGGAUAUUAUUAGCACUGAAAGAGAGAUACACAAACUAGAGAGCCCAUUUUGCAGUAUCCCAGCUUGUGUGGGAGAGAUUUGCGUGGAGAGGGCCAAUGAAGAUGCUUUAAUGGAGGCUGCUGCGUUGCCAGUAACAACACCCACGAUGCGAGAAGUGAUCAAAAGUGAGGGAGAAAGCAUGAGCUGUGAUUCAGUGGAGGGAGUAGCUACUAAAGCUAUAGCAGGCAUUGGGAAAGGACAGGCUGAAAUACACUCGGAGGGAAACAAAGAGAGGAAAAGACUCCUGGAUAGUAGCGCUCAGCUUUCAUCUGUCUGUUACUCACUUGGUUCUUUAAAAGAACAGAGACGAGUUGUUAGUGAGGAAAGCUACGACAGCAAAAUGCCACACACUUCGGUGGAGAGUUGUUCAAAAGGACAGAGGGAGACGAGCAGCGCGGAAGCCGCGAUCUCUCCGCCAGAAGAGUGUGACAGAGAAAAGGAGCCACUCUGGUUUGAAGGCACUUUUAAUAAUUUUCCCCACGGGAUACUUGCUGGUGCUGAUCAUCUGAAUGAUAGCGCUGCAGGACUAGAGGGAGGAGGAGUGGCUGAGCGCAGUUCAUUCAGCCUUCCGGAGGGGGCUGCUAGAGGGGCGUCGGAUGCUGAGAAAAAGACGUGUCCACCCACUGAUGUUGCCGAGUCAUUUCUGAAGUCACUGAGCAGUGGUGAGACGAUCAUUACCAUCACAGACAGCCUGUGCACUGAGGAGGAGCUUACUGGAGCAUUUUCAUCUUUGCCACAUCAUAGCGAACAAAGCAAUACAGAAAGCAGAGCCAGCAAACGGCACAAUCUGAAUUCUGGGGAGCCACCGUGUUCGGGAACCACUUGUGAGGCGUCGGCCAUCACAGAGACUUCUCUUACUUCUGCCAGCAAAAAUCAACAGGUGCAACCUGAAAGCAGCACACCCAAAUCCACGGCAACUAAGAGAGAAGUCGAGAUCCAAGAGCAGGUUGAAAAUCAAACCAUUAGUGUGGGUAAGUCUGCACUUCUCAGAAGUGGAGGCAGCAACAGAGUUCGCUUUGUGGAGCGUGUGAAAGAAGACUGUAGUGCCACUAUUAAGGUGAGAAACAUGUCAAUGCCGGCUUUGGGAUGUGCUUCAUUGCCACCGUUGAUGGUACAUGAGAGUUUGUACCAUCCCGUUGUUGAGGCCAGCUAUAUUUACCCAGACUUCCUCAGCUUAAUAAAUCCAGAAACCAGCACUGACGCUUCUUCUACCAAAGCUGAAGCAGUAUUUCAAAGUGCCACACCGAAGUCUGAGAAUGGCAUUCUUUUGGAUACAGAACAUACAUCCAAGAAUGCUGACAGCGAUCCAUCAGAAAAAGCUAAAACAAAUCUUAGUAGUCUGGAACAUAUUGACUCUCUUGAAAAAAACAUAGCUCCCACAGGUGCUUCUGCAGAACCAGCAAAAUGCACGGAAGAGCCUAUACAACUCGCCAAGAAUGAAGUUAACAAACCAGCAAAGAAGGAGCCAUCAGAACAAAGUGAGAGGACAACAAAUCACCUAGAAAAAGAGAAGUCAACUGGUGCACAAACAGAAGAAAAACUGGAUCAGAUGGAAACUAAGCAGGAAGAAGUUGUGAUCAAAAAGGGCAUUGCAGUUUUGUGUCUAACGCCAAAAGCAAUUAACACACUUGAGAUCAAAAUGGACAGCAAAGACCCAAUCAAACCUGACAAGCCAGAGGAGACCAAAAGUGAUGAGUUAGUGGUCGAAGAAAGAGAGAGUUCAAGUUAUGUCAGUAAUGUUACCUUUAAGCCAAUAGAAAAUGUCUUUACCGAGUCUCCUGAUAGACAGCUUUCAAGUGAGCUUGAUUCCAUCUCUAAUUGUGAAACUCCGAUGUUGACCUGCUCAGUCUCUCCUCAGACAAAACACAGAGACCUCAGCUGUCAGCCUCCUGCUGAGUUUGCUCAACCACCCUCUCAUGCACUAGUUAGCACAGAGUCAAUUGAAUCUACGAAGGACUCAAAGUCUGUGACUCAUGUUGACCUAAUAAAGGACGAGUCAGUAAUUGCAGAGGCAACUGCCACUGAGCGGUCAAUUUCUGUUCGGGAGCAAUGUGCCAGUAGUUCUGCAUCGAUGCUGCAACCUCAAAUCCCAAUGUUAAGUGACUUGGAGGCAGUUGAUGAAUUUGAGGUCUCUCUUUUUGAGGGAGUUGGUGGUGACAAUGCUGAGUGUGACAGUACCAAGACACAUAAGUCUUUAGUAGAUGAAGAGGAAAAUGGAGGAGCUCAAAACGGAGGAGCAAAAACGUGUUCGAUACAAGGGGAUAGAAAUGAUGCUGAGUGUAUCACCUCGCUGCCAUCUGACUGCAAACUGACACCUUUACAAGAGGAAAAACAACCUCCAGAGUGUGUACUGGCAAAUGAUGGCUCUAAUAAUAUAAUGACUCAAGCAACAGCCGACCUCAUGAAUGACAUCUGCCUACUCAGCUCUAACAAGCCCAGUGGGAUAUGUGAUAACACUAAACUGUGUGAUGUCAAGGAGAAACAGAACAUGGAUGAGCAAAUGUCUGUGUCACUCUGUGACAAAACCGAGCAGCUCAAUAAUCGAAAGGAAACAGAAGAUGCUGGCAAACUGCAUAUAGGAAAUGUGACAACUCAACAGAAGGAAAAGUCAGAUAAAGAUGCUAAAGAGGGAACUGGAGACCUGAAGCCCUCAAAUAAAUAUGACAUUCAAAAUAUUGAACCAAAUGCAGUUCAAAAUUUGGAGGAAGAAAUGCAAAGUGAACUUCAUGACGUUUACGACCAGUAUUUGCACCAAACUUGGGCAGAAACAAUGGCGCACAAGGACAACGGGGACACAUCAGUAGAUUGUAGUUCAAAUCCUGGACUGAACAGUUUGGCUCAUCAACUGGAGCAAUUGGAACAACCACAGCAGAAUUUGCGAUCCCAAUAUUCCACAGAUGGCUUGCCAGGAGGUUGCGUGGAGGCAUUUGAAGAGGGAGGAAAGAUUAACAACCAACUUAACCCGAUUCGAGCACCUGUUUCUGGGGUUACAGAGGUAAUGGGCGGAGACAAUGGAUCUUUUGAGACAUCAGAAGGUCAGUGUGAGUUAGCAACAGGUGACAGCAGUAUGACUGAACAAGUGGUAGAUGGAGAGAAAGUUGAAAGCAAGGAACCCCAAAUAAUUCCAGGAGUUGACAGGAUUGUUGUUCCUCUUGUCUGUGAGUUAACUGAUAGUUUAAACUCAAUUGGACAAAAUGCUUUAGUGCAAACAAAGACAGCUCACAUGGAUGAGCUUAGAAUUGAAAUGAGUAAUGAUAAAAACUGUGGUUUAGCAAAGGAGGGCUCAGGAACAGAUUUAAUGCAUGACAAUGAAUUUCUGAAUAGUGUGGCUAGUAAAGGUAAGACGGAAAGCAACCAAUCAGAUUCAUUUGGAGAGGUCCAAGGAAAUCAUUGUGCCUUUAGAAGCAAUGUUUUCUCCACUCAGCCUUUAUUAAAUGAUCAUGAUAUUUCACCUUUAGGAUUUUCUCUUUCGGAAAAAGUCGGCACAAAAUGUUAUGACUUUUAUACACAUGUUAGUAUGAGUGAAAACGAGGAUGCCAAGAUACAUGGAAAAAUAUACACUACUGUAGAAAAGGCUCAGGCUGCGAAAAACCACAAGAGUGAAAGUAAGGGGUAUAAAAUCCCGGAUACAGUAUGUGAGUCUCUUGAGGCACAAUGCUCCAAUAGAAUCUCUGCCAUACAAAAUGGUUCACUAGCACGUACUCCCAUAAAAGGCCCUCACGUAGAGGACAUUGCAGGGGAAGAAAAUGCAGAUAUCCCAGCGAAAGGAACAAGUAAUGUUGAAGUAAUAGACAAUAAAGCGACACAAAAGAAUGUACCGAGUCUAACAGUGGUUCCUCAAAAUAACAACCCAUCAUCUGCUGAUGUUUCAAACCUCGCUUGUCACUCUGACAGCAACAUUAAGCUUUUGAAGACAAUGGAAAAUGACAAUUACCUAACUAGCAAGCCGCAACCGAACAUUGCUACAGACACACCCAGUGUUUCACCAAAGAACCCAGAUGACCAUGCAAUGUUCUCUCAGGCAGUGCUAUCUCAAAAUGAGAAACUUCCCGAUUACAUCUCCCUGCCAACUCCACCGGCAGAUGAUGUGGUACACCCCCUUGCCUGCAACUCUGAUUUUGAACAUGCAUCUGUAGACACAGUGGUGUCCCAUGUGUCAGACAGUUCUCCUGGUGGACUCACAACACAAGAACCAGAUACCCACUGGAUAACAGCUCUGAGAGAAGCGGCUUUCUAUGCUCAGACUGAACAAGAGAGCACAGAAAUUCCAAGACCCCUCCCAUAUCUGGAGUCUCCUCAAAAAGAGUUUCAUACUCCCAAUGAGGAGGUAGCUGAUUCUCUGGGGCCAGAGCUGAGCCCUCAGGAGCAACCAGACAUUGCAACGCUACAUCCUGAAGUGCAUCUUGCAGAACAGCAAGAAAAGGCCCCCGAGCAGGCACAGGAGACAGCAGAAAUUGCCAAACAAGAAGAGGAGCGUAUUGAAGAGCAUCCGAUAAGUAGUGUAGCAAUAUUAGCACAUCAAGCUGAGCUUGCACAACCAGCAAAAAACACAGGUGAGCUUGUUGAACUCUAUGAGAACAAAGCGGAGAAGGAACCUUCACAACAAAGUCAGAAAAUAACAGAGCACCGAGAAUCAGAGAAGAAGCCAAAUAGUGUAGAUCCAGAGGAUAAACCUGAAAACCCAACAGAGGAAAGCACAGGAACACUGAAUGAUCCUGCUGCAGUGCUACAUGAAAGUGGACCCCUCCUCACUGAACACACAGAGAGGAGCACUGCCUUUCACAUCGCUUCACCCAGACACCCCCCACCUGCUCCCCUUCCCGACCUCCCCGCUCCUCCACCUGCAUCCCCUUCUCCCGAGAAGACGCCACCUGCGUCUCCCCACCGGUCUCCUCUUCCUCCAGCUCCUGCUUCCCCCUCUGCACCUUCCAAUCGCCAAAGUGACGACCCCUACCCAACCUCUCCAUCUUGCCACCUCCUUCUAAGGAGCUCUGACUCUGAUGGAGCAUUCGAGACUCCCGAAUCAACAACUCCAGUGAAGGCUCCCGCAGAACCGCAGAGCCAAUCACUACCUAUUGAUGACAAAGAAGAGACCUCAGUGAGAGAUCCCUUCUCCGACUUGAUUUCGGAUCCAGUUGCCAUUGUUUUUGAUGAGGACAGGCCAAUUGCUGCCAGUGGCACAUACAACAUUGAAAACUUUGCCUCAGAGUCAACAAGUCAACCACUUACUCGUUCACUCAGCCUCCAGGGAGGAGAGCUUGACACGUGUGGCUUCGAUGGAUCUGUAACACAAGGCUUUCGGCCACAUUCAGAAUCUUUCAGUGUAGGCACAGAGAGCAACCCUGGGACACUCCGCAGGCCCAGGAAAGUCCGCCCUGGAUCUGUGAAGAAGAAGCCUCUUCUGAGGCAAAACUCCAACCCGGAGAGGCCAAGUUCUACUACUAUCACCCCAGAGAUCAUUAAGUGGGCAAACCCUCAAAUCGUGACUCGGGAGGUGAAAGAAGGUGGAUGUCCUGAAGAAGGUGGAAGCCCUGCAGAAGGUGGGAGUCCUGCAGGAAUCAUCAGAAAGACUAGAAAGACUCAUGUAGACGCCCCACCUCCACUACCAGAAGAAAACACUCAUACUGAAUCAGAGGGAAGUCUGUCUGUCCCUUUCUUACCCUUGUACCAGGAGGAGAACCAUCUCCCCUCUGCUCCCCCUGUAAAGGAAGACCCCAUCCCUCCCAGUGGCACCUAUAAAUGGGAUCCAGAGAACUUUGAGAGCAUAGACCCUUUCAAUACUGGAGGGAGUAAGAUUGCCAACUCACCGAUUCUUGGUCGUAAAGGUCCUGAAUGUGCCCCUGUUGUUACCCCGCCAGAUAGUCCUCCCAUCCCUGCUGCGAGGCGACCUCCUCAUCCAGCUUCACCUGAAGCACCAGUUACCAACCCUGAAGAGCAACCCAUUCUACCCAAACGUGAGUCUGUGAGGCUUGAGUUUGAUUACUCAGAGGAGAAUAGUGAGGUAUCCCACGCAGCUUCUCCCCUAUCUAAGAAACUGGGCAAGAAACCUGGUGCCAAAAUGCCAUUGAGGAAGCCAAAAUUGGGGUUGAAGAAGGCCCAUCCAGGACAGGCUGAGCAGUUGGACAACAACCUUUCGGCAGAACACAAUGGCAACGAAGAGGAAAAGCCAAUUUCCAAAGGAUCUUACGAGUCGAAUAAGUGGGACGAUCCAAAUUUUAAUCCGUUUUUAACUAAGACAGGCAUGGCCAACUCUCCUGCAGCAUCUGGGCCUUCUUACAGUUUUGAUUUUGAUGACUCGGUAGUCGACCCUUUUAAAUCCUCCAACAAGAUUUCAACCACGCCUCCUAAGGCCUCAGCCUCCUUUGAUUUGUCGUCAAAUGACGACAUUGAAAACGACAAUGACAAUAUUGGGGAGCUGGAAGAUCAAAAUCAGAACAAACCACUCAAAAAAAAGAAAACUCCUAUGAAAUCGAAGUCCAGAGGUGUGUCCACUCUAUGUUGUUUGUUUAACACUUUUAGGGUGAAGAGGUCACCAAAGAAAUCACAGUUGUCCGACAACUCACAGGAUGCAGACGACCCCGCCUCCCUCCCGCUACAGGAUGACCACGCCACGGACGAAGAGAAGCUGGCCUCCUCCACCAGUCACAAGUGGGCAGGCUUGCAUGACGUCGAUGCAGAAUUGAUCUCUGAGCAUCAGGACUUCCCUCACCCAUCGGAUCUGACAUCAUUCGUUAAUGAGAGCAGUCUUCAGUCUUCAGUGCAAGACUAUGAAAUAGAGUACAUGGAAAAGAUUGGCUCUUCUUCACCUCCACUGUCUGUGAAGAAGCCAUCAUUAUACUUAAAUUUGGACUCAUUAUCAAACACUGUAACCAAGGAUAUACAUGCACAUGGAUCUGAGCCCAACUCACCAUGCACAGGGAGUUUUGAGGAAAUGGAGGCGCAGAUAACAGCCAGCAUGAAGACCCCAGUCCUAAGUUCCAGGCCUGGUCCUGAAGGCUCUGCGGGAGAAAAGGGCAGGAAAAGAGAAAGUGAAGUACUGAGUCGAACACAAAGUACAGAGAGGGAUGAGCAGCUCAGUAGCCAAGAGGUCCCUUCUUCAGCCCUGACCAUAUCCCUGUUAGAAAGACUGUCUGAGUCUGACGACCCUGUGCAGUACCUGGAGCCUGACCUCGCUGAGACCAACCCUAAUGCAUUCGCCCAAAAACUACAGGAGGAGCUGGUGCUUGCUGCCCUGCGGAUAGAGGCUCUGCAAGUAGCCAAACACAUCUCUCAGUGCCCUUCCCUCUCCACUGUAACCCCUCAGUCCCGCCUUAAGAAACCCAGCACACGGCGGUGGAACAUCAACGGUUCACCCUUACUGAAACACAGAGAUCUUUCUUCACCAUCAGUGAAUUCAGUAUCCAAGAACUCGCUGUACGUCCGGACCGCUACCAGCUACAUCGAUGGAGAGAGUCCACAUCUUCCCAAAGAUCUGGACCACUCGCUGGGAAUCGCAAAAGAAGAGAUUGUGACAAAAGAGAGGGAGGUGCUGGAGUGGAAGAGGAAAUACGAAGACAGCCGCCAGGAGGUGCAGGAGAUGAGGAGGAUUGUUUCUGAGUAUGAGAAGACGAUUGCGCAGAUGAUAGAAGAUGACCAGAAAGAGAAGUCUCUAUCCCACCACACCAUUCAACAGCUGAUUGUGGAAAAGGACCAGGCCUUAGCUGACCUCAACUCCGUGGAAAAGUCUCUGGCCGACCUCUUCCGACGCUAUGAGAAAAUGAAAGAUGUUCUCGAGGGUUUCCGCAAGAAUGAAGACGUUUUGAAGAAGUGCGCUCAAGAGUAUCUGUCCAGAGUCCGUAAAGAGGAACAGCGGUACCAAGCUCUGAAGAUUCACGCAGAGGAGAAGCUAGACAAGGCCAAUUCAGAAAUAGCUCAGGUGAGGGCCAAGUCCAAGCAGGAGCAGGCUGCUCACCAAGCCAGCCUGAGGAAGGAGCAGAUGAAAGUGGACUCCCUGGAGCGCACAUUGGAGCAAAAGAACAAAGAGAUUGAGGAGCUAACGAAGAUCUGCGAUGAGCUAAUAGCCAAAAUGGGCAAGUGUUAGCACGCAUAUGCUGUUCUGGAUCAGUUUAACACAAACAAGCCUUGGUCACACGUAAAAGUUGUGUGGGAGAAAAACAUACUUCGAAAGACACUUAAAGCCACUCUGUGCUUAAAUUUUCUACUGACCUUGUGUAUACAAGACGCACACAGAUGGCUUCCUUUUAAUCAUGCUGUAUAUUUUUGAUGUGUCACUGUAUGGGACUGUAUCAGGGGUCUAGUUUAAAGUUUUAGAAACUGUACCAUGUCAUUAAUUUGUAUAUCUGUGUGUGUGUGGGUGUGUGUGCGUGUGAGCAAAUAACGAUGAGGAUUGUGGGUUUUAUUGUUGUUUAUGAUGUUGCCAUGACAGCCACUGAGGGAGAAGACUGUUUUACCCACCCCCCCCCCAAAAAGGAGCAGCAGCCCAUUUUAUAAAAUGAUUCAGCUCUAAGAAAAUAAAAAAUAAUCGCUAUAGCUUAUUGCAUGAAAGACAAGAAGAAUCCUUGCUUUGUCCGUUUUGUAUGCAAUGUAGAAAAGGUUAAUUAUGGAAGAGACAUUUUUAUGUGCCCACUGUGUAAAACACAGAUUAUGGAUUUGUCAGAAUUAUUUAUAGGUCCUGUAUCGUGCUUCCCUCGUGUAAUCUUGUAGAUAUUUGUUAUACUUGUCAUAGCCGUCUUGAUAAGCUCAUGGGACUUUAUUUUUCUUAUUUUAUUUUGAUAUAAACUAAAUUAAUUGUGACUAUCCAGAUGUGCCCCAGUCCUGCUUGGGUUGUUGUCACACUGACGAGUAACAUGUCUGCACAGCUGCUGUACAGCAUUUGCUUACAAAGUGCAAUAAAAGAUGGCAAUAUAAACUA